GUGAGGGAUCCCCCAUUGUUGAUCAGGAACAGAUCCGAGAGCGCGAAUCAUGGCGGACGCCAAAGUCAACUCGAUGGUUGACAUGGGCAUUAGCCGGGACGAUGCCAUAUUUGCGUUGAAACAAUCGAAUAACGAUGUCGAGCGCGCGAUCGACUACAUGUUCUCCGGUCGGAUUGAGGAGGACCGCAAGAAAAUGACCUGGGACGAGACUCAAUUCACCAAAGCUAAUUGGGAGGACCUCAACGAGAGCUCAGGAACGGCGAAAGUGAGCCCGCAACCUCAAAUCAGCGAGCACGAGAUUCAGGCGUUCGCACCCGAAACAUUCUACGAUUCCACGUCUCGGCCUCUCCCGAAUGACAGGCCAUUUGUUCGUGAGCAGGUCGUCGACCUCAGCGGGCAGGACGAUGACGAGGAAGACGAUAUGGCAAAAGCUAUGCGCAUGUCCCUGCAAAGUCUGACAGACUCCGGAAUGGACAUUGAUUCACAGCAGGAAACUGGCGUGCUCAGACCGUCCACCAGACAAACAUAUGACGCAGACGAGUGGGGUGUAGUUCAGAUCGGGAGCGGAGGGCUUUCUCCCCAGAUCCUCGAAAAUGCUCGGCGCGAGCCUGAAAAGAUCCCUACACUGCUUCCUUGCGCUCCUGCUCCUUAUUUAGCACCCUACCUCACCGUCCUACACUCAGUCCCCCUCGCUCGCAGCGCACUCUCGCUAUUCGGCAAACAGCUGGUCGAAGACUACGGCUUCGCCGACCGGUGGUGGGACAAGCAGCAGAUUUUCGUGCCUGGAUUUGCCUCCUCCGAAAUCACCAACCAAGACAUGCACCGUCUCUCGCUUCUGGUUGAGAUCCAGCGAAUAAUGGCGUUCUUGGACCAAACCGGGUCUUCGGACGAGUCGCAGCGCGCAUGGGCGAGCAUUGAGAACCUCGUUCGUGCGUUGUCGUCUUGCGGGGACUCGUACGUCGAUCUUGUGCACGCAGAUUUUUUGAUGGAUAGUGAACCUGUCGUCCUACUCCAGCGAACCUGGGAGUUUGUCACCGGCCACUACGCCGACACUCUCGAUCUAAGCCCAGAUCUGAAACGGUUAGUCAACACCGUGGCGCCGUCAACAAAUACGCUCGAUCCCAUCGGCGAGUACUUAUUCACCAGUCUUGCCGUUGUCGACAGCCCGAUCUCUCUCCCUGACGACACCAGCACCGAGCAGAAAUUCACCACUUUGGACGUCGUGAUCUCAAGCGACUUGCGAGAUAUCUACAAGUCGCUUACCGGCCACCUCGAUAGUCUCCUGUGGUCCGCGGAACCUGACGUCUGUUUGAAGACCGUAGCUCACAUAUUCACAAUGACAAUCCAUCAGGAGAGCGGGAUGGCGGGUACGGGCGUUGAGCUGCCGACGACGUGGUAUCCGGAUCGGUAUACUCCGGCUUUCAAAGAUGUCAUGAAGCCGAAUGUAGCGCGACGAACAGAGCUGUUUGGUCGCAUUGAGGAGCUUGAGAAGAGGAAAAAGAUGAUAACCGAAUACCCAGGCUUCAAUACCCAUUCACUACUAAACGCAACUCGGUUAUACUUCACCCCACCUUCCGAGUCCGAGCGUUCGUCAGCAUCGAAAAACCACAUCAAAGUCUACGAAAAAAUCACAAAGCUGACGGCAUCUCUCGACUCGCUCGUCGAUCGCAUCAACAGGAAAAUCACCGCGCUGUCCCGAGAAAUCGACGCUCUCUCAAACUUCAUGAGCGAUCCUUCUUCAGUACCUGACGACGAAAACUUGAAGAAGCUUGAGUUUCAUCGGUAUACGCUCGCCGGUGUUGUUAUCUCUGACUCUUCGUUCUUUGUGAAAACAGGGGUGCUUGAGAAGGAAGAUGAUCUGAUUGACAUGGACGAGCCUGAGUCCUCAGAUCCAACGGCAGAUACACCGCCGCUCUGUAGCGACAAGUGGCUACACGUCACGUAUAUUGACGACAGCAGCUCGAGUGAUGGGCCGUUUAUAAUCCGACAGGUGAACGUCGAGCAAGUAGUUGAUACCGCCCGCGUCGAAGGCGCGGUUACUGCAAUCUACGCCUCUGACGCUGCAUACGCCAGCUCUUCCGAUCUUCCGCUACUGAACCCAGGCCUCCUGCAAUUCCUCAGACGAGACAACGAAGCUCUAGCCAGCGAGCUGAACCCAGACCCGUCAUCUUCGAGCUCGUCGGACGAAGCGACCUCGAACUCUGCGGAAGCAGAUGACGAGCCUUCGGAUUUGAUCUCGUUCACCGUCGGCGGCGGUGCUGAGCCGUCCGAACCUGCGCCGGAUUACGAUGUCGCAAUGUCAGAUAGCGGCACGGUACCGUUGACUCCACAACAGGUGCAGGGGCACCGCACGUUUCCGAGGUCUGUCCCGAUCGGCUUCGCAGAGCCCGUGAAGAAUACAGGCUCCACGGCGGCUGUGAAGAGUACAGAGGCUGCUACCGCGCCCGAGCGACGGCACAGAGGAUCUUCGUCGGGGAAAGUCAAAGUGCAACAUGCCGAGAAUGCAUCUGAAGGGGAGAUUGGCGAUAGCGACGACGAGUUGCUUGCUCGCAUGGCGAAGAAGUGAAUAGGCAAUCAAUAUAUCGUCUCUACAGAACAUCGACUAGA